AUGGUAAAAGCAAAUAAUAAAGCAGCAGGCGUCAAAAAGGCGGCAAAAAAAAAUGCCCCAGCUGGUCACGCCAAGGCCGUCAAAAAGGUCAAAAAGGUUGCCCAUAAAGCUCCUGCAAAGAAGGCAGCGCACGGAGGCAAGGCCAAGAACGCUGUAAAACUCGUGAAGAAGGCAGCACAUGUAAAACACGCUAAUAAAGUGGCUCACAAGGCAGUUAAGCCUGCCGGCCACAAGGCCAAGGCUGGUGGCCACGCCCACAAGGCCGGCGGCCACGGCGCAAAGGCCGCCCACAAGGCAGCAGUUAAAAAGGUAAAGAAGGAGGUCAAGCACAAGGUUGCAAAGGCCAAAUCGGGAGGAAAGGCCAAGGCAGUCAAGGCUAAGCCAGCCAAAAAGGUGGUUAAGAAGAUGGCAAAGAAGGUGGCAAAGAAGGAAAAGACAGCAAAGAAAUGA